GUUAGUAAGAUCACGUUGUUGCAGUUGGUGUAAUGUAAUCUGCGAAAUGGGUUAAAUGCGUUAAAUGGGUUAAAUGAUUACUUCAUGCUGCAGCAGUUCAGUAAGUUGAAGGUUCAUUUUUGUUCAUGCCGUUUAUUUAUGUCACAAUGAACUGUGUCUAUCUUCGUUUUUCACUAUCUGCAAGGCGUCUCUGAAGAAAAUGAAGAAUGCAAGCAAAAACAAAAUCCAAAAAAUCACAACAAUGUCUGACAGUCGCUUAAAUUAAUCUUCGUGAAAUGUUUUGAAAGUGUUAAUAUUUCUUAUCGUUCUUUAUAGUUAUUUUACUUUUAAUAAGGCUUCAUAAUGGAGACACUAAAUAUUGGGCGCCGCAAACAGAAACCCGCGGAUCCAUUAUUUGAAGAGGUUGUGAUCAAAGAAGAACCGAUCGAGAAGCACGAUAUAUUGAUUCCAGAACCGAAAUCCACAUCGAAUCAGAGCAAACGCCAGCGAACGUCACGCCAUGUUCAGGUGGAUCAAGAAGAUUUCUACCGUUAUGUGGUAGGAGCAAAGGUCAAACUAAAAGCAGACGAAGAACCGAUAUUUCUGCCGGACAGCGGAGUGGCCGAUUCACAGUGUCGAUUUUGCCUGCGUAAAGUCGACAAAUGCUACCUAAAACUGAUUGAAGGCGCGCUAAAGGUCAAGGUUAGAUCGGUAUUCAAGCUGAAAGUCCACCCUUACGAUUCGUAUCCGUACGUGUGUGUAAAUUGUAGCAAUCUCGUGCACGCAAUGUUUGACUUUCAAGAAUCGGUUAUAAGAUCUAAAAUCUUGCUUAGAGGUGGAAAGGUUGAAACAUGCGACAAUGGCGACGAUUGGGUUUCGUCGAAGCACGUUGCUGCCACAGAUACCUGUCGCGUUAUGGUGGAGCGACAUAGGAAUUUUAUAGAACGAAUGUAUUACGAAUAUGAACAAAAAUUGAAUGGUGUAGAAUAUCCCUUAGUCAACAUAACAGAGGAAGAAGGUACCAUCCACAAGAAGGAUGAAAAUAUUUCAAAAGACGACGAAUCAGUAGAACCAUUUGAAUGUAUGGCAGAAAUUUUAGGUGAAGAUAGAACACCAACUGAGGAAAAUCCAGUACAAGUUAAAGUUGAACUGGAAAGCUCUGAGUUCAAUGCAGCUGAUUCAGCUGAAGAGAAUAACAGCGGGAGGGAAUCAAACGAUUCUGUUCAACAUGACGACAGUGAUGCAGACUAUCGACCUGACCUAUCACGAAAAGGUUUAUCGAAGCCAGUCUACACCAGUAGCAGUGAAGGUAGUGAUACAGAUGGAAGCCGUAAAGUGACUCAAGUUAAGCGCAAGAGAGGAAGACCGAAAAAAGUCGCUUCAGCGGCCAAACCUAAAGCGAAGAAGGAAAGGAAACCCUACGAGACACAUUUCGUAUGCAAUGUGUGCGGAAAGACCUUACAUUCGGCAUCGAAAGAGAGUCAUAUGAAUCAGCACAAAGGUGUACAACCGUAUGCAUGUCCCUACGAGAACUGUGGACAGAAAUUUUACUCCAAAACUAACCGGAACCGGCAUAUCACCCGCAUCCACAACAAAAAAGUGUGCGACAUCUGUGGCCUCACCGUGAUGAAUUCGGUUGACAAAAUUAAAGAGCACAUGAUGCACCACGAGACUGCCGAAGAAUCGAUUGCAUGUAACAUUUGCGGCAAGAAAUUCUGGACCCACAAAUACAUGAGACGACACAUGAUCAUCCACACUGACUUGUUCCCGUACGAAUGUCAGUAUUGCGGCCGGAAGUUUAAACAUAAAGCCAGCAAAGACACUCACGAGAAAAAUAUGCACGAAAAGAAACACGAUUUCGGUAGCGCUAUUGGUGCUGCUAGUAGUUCGGCAGUGUUCGAUAAUUCUAUUGUGUAGAUGUUGGCAGUAUAAUAUAAGACCUACAUAAUUU